AUGGCCACCACAGCAAUGGGCAAGCGCCUCGAAGGCAAGACGAUCGUCAUCACUGGGGCCUCCUCGGGAAUCGGGAGGAGCACAGCGGUCGAGUUCGCGCGCACGUCGCCCAAGAACCUGCGGCUGAUCCUGACGGCGCGGCGCAUCGACACACUGAAGGAGGUCGCGGCGCAGAUCCAGAAGGAGGUUGGCGACGGCGUCAAGGUGCUGCCGUACAAGCUGGACGUCAGCAAGCCGGAGGAGGUCAGCAGCUUCGUGGGCAAUCUGCCCGAGGAGUGGAGGGACAUUGAUAUCUUGGUCAACAAUGCGGGCCUUGUGAAGGGUGUUGCCAGAGCGCCAGACAUCGCGGCCGAGGAUAUGAACAUUCAAUUCGCGACGAAUGUGACGGGGCUCGUUAACAUGACCCAGGCGAUCCUCCCAAUCUUCAAGAAGAGGCCAGAUGGUGGUGCGGGGGAUAUCAUCAACAUUGGCAGUAUUGCGGGGAGAGAGCCAUACCCGGGAGGAAGCAUCUAUUGUGCGACGAAAGCUGCGGUCAAGGCCUUCACUGAUGCCUUGAGGAAGGAAUUGAUCUCUACAAGAAUUAGGAUCAUCGAGAUUGACCCGGGACAGGUCGAAACGGAAUUCUCCAUCGUCAGAUUCUACGGCGACAAGUCAAAGGCGGAUGCUGUCUACGCUGGCUGCGAGCCUCUCACCCCCGAGGAUAUUGCGGAGGUGAUCGUUUUCGCUGCAGGCCGGAGGGAGAAUGUGGUCAUUGCUGAUACUCUGAUCUUCCCGAACCACCAGGCGGCUGCUACCCUCCUGCACCGGAAGACAUAG